UGAGGCUCUUUUAACCCUGAGGGUCACAUCAUGCUGCUGUCCAUCGUGUUGCUUUUUCUCUAUCUGUCUCCAUUGAGGAGUUCAAGACUGUGUGGUCACCUCUGCCAUUGCUUUGAGCACUCAGACCUGGUGGACUGUCAUGCCAAGGGUCUUGAGGAUGUACCUCAUGGACUUCCCCAUGGUACAUGGCUCCUAGACUUAGGAGGAAACAAGCUUACAGAGAUCCGAAGUCGAGCUUUCGCUGGCCUUUGGUCUCUUCGAAUUCUUGUGCUGUCGGGCAGUAGCAUCCAGGAUGUGGAAACAAAUGCUUUCUAUUCUCUCUCCUUUCUGGAGAAGCUGGACAUGAGCCAUAACAAGCUCACUCGGAUUCCACCUCAUUUCUCAGAGAGCCUGUCUUCAGUGCGUGAGCUGCGUCUGGACCACAAUGCGCUGCUUUUCCUCAAACCUCCAGGCCUGGAACAUCUGGAGAACCUUGAGAAACUGGACUUGAGUCACAAUCGGAUCCACUCCCUGGAUCCCGGCACGUUCCGCGGCCUGUCCCGCCUGCGACAUCUCUACCUGCAGGGGAACCGACUUGGUGUCGUGCGGGACGGCUCUCUCACCAUGCUGCCUGGGUUAGAGGUCCUUCUCCUGGGGAACAACAAUAUCUCCCGGAUUGAGGUAAAUGCACUCGCUCCACUUCACAGUUUGUCUCUGUUGGGCUUGGAAGGGAAUCAUUUGGAGCACCUGAAUUUUAAGACGUUUCUGAGUCUUCACACGGCUGCUACACACCUGCAGCUAGCUGGGAAUCCCUGGAACUGUGACUGCGACCUGCACCGCGUCUUCAGCAAGCUGCUCAGUGUGCGCCACCUCCACGUGGACGAUUAUCAUAACGUAACUUGUCAAGAGCCCUGGCAGCUCGCUGGGGCAUCUUUGGCAUGGGUGGACGGCCAGUUGUGUAUGGCAGAGACUGUAACCGUGUUAGUCAUUAUUGUUACUGUGAUUGUUACCGUAUUUGGUGCCUUGAUCAUGGCGGAGAGAAAACGUAAGAAGAGAAAACACUGGGAGCAGAGCGAGGGCGAGACACAAGACCACUGAGAUGGAGUUUAGCAGGAAGAACCUUUUUUGUCUAAAUGGUUCCAUAAAGAACAUUAAACAUCCGAAGAACCUUUCUUAUUUCACAAAAGUUUCUUUGUUGGGAAAAAGAUUCUUCAGAUUACAAAGAUAAGAAAGAGAUGGUUCUUUAAAGAACCUUUGACUGAAUGGUUCUUUGUGGAACCAAAAAAGGUUCUUCUACUGCAUCGCUUGUUAGCACCUUUAUUUUUAAGAGUGUAUGUCACUUUCUGCAACGGAACGCAGAUAUGAAAGGAUAGAACUUGCAUGAUGUCUUUUGUUUGAAUGGGGGUUUUAAAUUGUACAUGCAGCUGGUGCUGUAGAAAAGCAUAUCGCUGCUGUCCUUCUGAAACCUUGUAUCUCCAUAUUUUGUGAUUUUUAUUUUCUGCCAUAAAUCAUUAUUAUUCGGCACCAAAUAUCUAGCCAAUGAAAAGUAGUAAAAAGUGCUUGUCAACAACACAUUAUUUAAUCAUUUUAAAAUACAUUGUUUCCUAAAAACAGCCUUCGGACAUCCGAAGUUUCGGUAGGACAGCGCCGAUAAAUAGAUUUGAUUUCUGCUAGUUUGAACAGAAGUGUUUGAUCAGAUACUAAACUAACACUUUGUAAUCUGGGAUAUUUAUACCUGUUAAGAUUUAAUAAAAAUCUGUGGUAGAUAAAUUAGUUGCAGAUUUUAUAGAUUACAUUUUUUUAUUAAUAGGUUAGAUUGCUGUAUUGUUUCUCACAUUGACAUUUAUGUUUAAUCAUUUAGCAGAUGAUUUUACAAUUAUAAUAUAAGAUAUUUAUAACAAUAAUCUUUCUUAUUUUAUGACCUUGGAUCAGUCGUGCAUUAAACAAUAACAGUAUUUAGUGACACAAAUCACAGUACUUGGAUCACAUAAUAUCUAAACUAGUUUAUUCACCUUCAUGAUAAAGGGUUGUUACCUGCCACAAAUAUGAUAGGACGCAAAAGUUUGUUAAUUUGUUAAACAAAUAUCAAAACCAGAACCUUCCAGGCCUGUAUUACUGUGUAUCUUUAAAGGUUUUCACAGCUGAUUUGUGUUAUCGCUCUCUUUUCUCUAUACUAACAAAUUCCUACAAUUGUACUUUUGUGAUUGUACCAUGUUGUUUGACAAUUAUUAUUAUUGCUUAUAUACAUCAAUAGUUUAAUAAAUAUAUUUAUUUGCACAACACAUACAACUCAAAUGUGCUUA